AAGAACAAAAUAGAAGACGUUAGGCUCCGCAUGCACAGUGUAUCAUGUGUGUACAUCCAAGAACGUAACACAGUGUAUCCAGGAAACACACACGACCAUAGAAAAGGUGUUCGUGACUGCUCAUUUUAACUUUCAAGACAAGGGAAAUUUUUAAAAACUGACAAUAUCUAUUUAAUUGUUGUGGGCAAAAUUCCGGUCGCAGUUUUCGAUUGGAGGGCUUACCCACCGCCCCCACUUCCGGCAUGACGUCAUGGAAUGGUGUUGAUGGCACACAACAUUCACCAAGAGAAGGAAGUGUUCUGAAUGGAACAGUUGUUUUGGUGACCGUCUGUUAAUUAUUUCUUGCUCAUUCCCACGGCAGCUUUUAUACUCUGUAUUAAGUGAAUGGAGAUUCCACGACCUUGAUUUUAUUUCCUUCUGCUUCCUACAUUUGUCUCCAUUCCCAGAGCAUCAUGAACGGGUUGUCGUUCAGCGAGCUUUGUUGCCUUUUCUGUUGCCCGCCGUGUCCAUCAAGAAUUGCUGCUAAACUUGCAUUCCUGCCUCCCGAAAAGACGUAUGAUCUCAUAUCAGAUGAGACAGGCUCUCGCUACAGCCUACACCUGACGGAGCGUGCUGAGUGGCAGUACAGUCAAAGAGAGCUAGACAAUAUAGAGGUCUUCUACACUCGGACCAGCAAGCACAAUCGAAUCGUGUGUAUGUUUGCCAGAUGCACUCCCAAUGCCAAGUUCACAAUAUUGUUCAGUCAUGGAAAUGCUGUUGAUUUAGGUCAGAUGAGCAGUUUUUACAUUGGGUUGGGUUCUCGAAUAAACUGUAACAUAUUUAGUUUUGAUUACUCAGGGUAUGGGGCCAGUGGUGGAAAGCCUUCGGAAAAAAAUAUCUAUGCAGACAUUGAUGCAGCUUGGCAAGCCUUGAGAACAAGAUAUGGAAUCAGUCCUCAGAACAUUAUCCUGUACGGGCAGAGUAUAGGAACUGUAUCGACAAUAGACCUUGCUUCACGGUAUGAAGUCGGAGCUGUGAUUCUGCAUUCUCCCUUGAUGUCUGGGAUGAGAGUUGCCUUUCCAGAAACAAAGAGAACCUGGUUCUUUGAUCCAUUUCCCAGCAUCGACAAAGUGCCCAAGAUAACCUCCCCUGUGCUGGUGAUUCACGGCACGGAGGACGAGGUGAUCGACUUCACCCACGGCCUGACCAUCUACGAGCGGUGCCCGCGGACCGUGGAGCCACUGUGGGUGGAGGGCGCGGGCCACAACGACGUGGAGCUCUACGGCCAGUAUCUCGAGCGACUCAAGCAGUUCAUCAACGUGGAGCUGGCCGUCAAUUGACUAGCCGACACAGGGGAGAGAAUUCAGGGAGAGUCCGAGCAAACAGCGCAGGCAGAGCCGCCACCCACCCCCACCAGCCCACCAGAGCCACCCGCCAGCCUCCCCACAGCCACGGAGGAUCUGGACGUGGUUCUGGAGGCCGGUGAGUCGGGGGUCCAACCUCAGCCCUCCACGCCGGGGGCCGCAGCUCCUGCCUCUGUGUCUGUACAGCUGGCCGCCCCUGAGGAGAGGGUGGUGUGAGCGACGCGUGUCGCUGGCGUGUCGCUCCGCUCUACACUAGUGACGCGUGGGGACAUCAGACGUGUAGUGACGUGUGGGGACAUCAGACGUGUAGUGACGCGUGUAGUGACGCGCUGGGACAUCAGACGUGUAGUGGCACGUGGGGACAUCAGACGUGUAGUGACGCGUGGGGACAUCAGACGUGUAGUGACGCGUGGGGACAUCAGACGUGUAGUGACGUGUGGGGACAUCAGACGUGUAGUGACGCAAUGUGGCACAUAUAGUGACUUGUGGUUGGGAGGGAAAUGACGCUUGGUGACGUUCAAUGACACAUGACAUAUAGUGACGUUCAGUGAUGUAGAAUUAUGUCUGGUGACGUAUACUGGUGACAGAUGGUGAUAAUGUUGACUUGUCUGGACAGAUACUGACGUAUAACAUAAUGGUAUAUCGUGACAUGUGGUGGGCAGGGACAGAUUACAGUGACACGCUGGGACGUUUGGUGACAUUUAGUGAAACAUGGUGACAUUUAGUGAAACAUGGUGACAUUUAGUGAAACAUGGUGACAUUUAGUGAAAC